AUGCCUACCAAGGAGGGCCGCAUCACGAAAAAUUCGACCCGCAAGUCUGGCGCGCAGCGACGCGUCCAACCCCAACCCCAAUGUUUUAAGAAGAUCCAACGCGUCUCACAACUGCAUAACACAGAACUCCCCUUAGUCGAACGCACCAACGCCCUCUCAACGGACCAGUUUAUCUCGCAAUAUGUGACUCCACUAGCUACGCCUAUAGCCACGCCUACAGCCACAGCUACAGCCAGUGUCGAUGCUAGCAUUACAGGUUCGACUACCGGAAAUGAACAGAAAAAAGAAUCCCAAAUAAACAACUUGAAUCAUACAUUGCCAACCCCGCCAUCCCAACAACACAAAAACUUGAACGCGCCCACAACAACUCCGACCCCACUAGCCGUCUACUCCUCAUCAACAAUCCCCCCACUAGACCUAGAAGCAUGUCUCGAUCUCAUCGAGCAAACCUCCAGUGACGCGUACGCCGCGUCUGGAAUAGGCUGGUCGCGUCCGAAGAAGCGCAAGGAGAUGAAAUUGCCCGAUAUGAAGUACCUGCUUGUGCGGGCUGAGUCGGAGGGACCACUGCUAUCAGCCGACGAUGCGCAAGUAGUCGUACCCGACGAGCCGGGACGCGAGUUGAAUUCGGGAAAUGGAAAUGAAAAUGGAGACGGAAGUCAACGGCCCAGUUCAAACUCGGCUCGGAUUCUCGGCUUCUUGUCGUUCAUGGUUACGUAUGAGGAUGGGAAAGAGGUUGUUUACUGCUACGAGAUCCACAUGUCGCCGAUGGCGCGGGGGAGGGGGUUGGGUGGUCUCUUGAUGGGUCGGAUGGAGGGGAUUGGGAGGUUGAUUGGGUUGGAGAAGGCUAUGUUGACUGUUUUCAAGUCCAAUGUUGCUGCGAGGGAGUUUUAUAGGAAAGGUGGGUAUGAAGUUGAUGAGAAUUCGCCCCAGCCGAGGACAUUGAGGAAUGGGACGGUGAAGGAGUGGGAUUAUGAGAUUUUGUCCAAGAGGUUGAGGUGA